AUGAGUAGUAGUAAUAGUGAACAAUUAGUUGAAGUUGAAAGUAGUAAACUUGGAACUAAAGAACAUUGGGAUGAAUGCUAUGAUAGAGAAAUCAAUUGCUUCAAUGAUACAGGUGAUGUAGGUGAAAUAUGGUUUGGUGAGACAUGUCUAAAGAAAAUGUGUAAAGAUAUUGCAAACAUUAAAGACAUCAGUAAAGAUGCAGCUAUUUUAGAUAUAGGUUGUGGUAACGGAUAUACUCUCGUCGAACUCUCUCAACUCGGUUUCACAAAUCUACACGGUUCCGACUACUCUGCCAAAGCUAUCGAUCUAUCAAAACAGAUCGCAGAAUCAGAAUCUAUAGAUAUAAAUUAUUUCGUUGAUGAUAUUAGAAAUUCAAUUAUAAAAGAAAAUAGCUAUGAUGUUGUUGUUGAUAAAGGUACUUUCGAUGCGAUGGCUUUGAGCGAAGAGAGAGAUCAAGCAAAGUUUGAUUAUAAAACAACAGUAUCAAAGAUUCUUAAGAGUGGUGGUUACUUUAUUAUUACCAGCUGCAACUACACCAACGCAGAACUUCAACAAUAUUUCACAAGCAAUACCGACACUACAUUGCACUCCAACUAUACAUUCUCACACAACGUUCAAUAUCCUGUUUUCAAAUUCGGUGGUUCUCAAGGUCAAUCUCAAACCACUUGUAGCCAUAAUAGAAUAGUAUUCUUAUCGAUACCUCCAAAGACAUUAUGUAGAGUGGUAGCCGAUAUUACCAAUAUCAUUUAUGUAGAUAUUUCUUAUUCAGACAAUCCAAUCCAUCCACAUCGUUUUAUUAAUGUUGUCUCUUAA